AUGGCUAGCGCAACAGCACAGACUUUGGCUGUGUGCGUCAUGUGCAACUAUGUAUUCGACAUUUGCAACCAGACGACUUCGCCCGAGGAAGACUAUCAUAACAAGCCGCACCGACCGAUUCCUUCUGGCAAAAUCACAAUCAAUCAGGCCAGAGCGCGAUGGGCGGUGGCGUGGAUCGGUGGCCCUUUGGUUCUUUACCAGGCGUACGGGAUAUGGGCAAUGCUACAUCUUUUGCACUGGGAGGUUCUCAUCACCGUUUGCUACGUGUGGCCGCGGUGGUUCUCGUGGUUCAUGCGCAACUACUUUGCUUCCUUCUCGUAUUGCAUCCUGGGCCGGCUCCUCAACCAUGUCUUGGCCGGUCGUCGGCCUGCCUGGAACAUCAGCUCCAAAAUCGACUUUGUCAUUUUUGCAUGGUUCAUGGGCACAAUCCACAUCCAAGAGUUUUAUGAUCUCGAAGGCGACCGGAAGAUCGAGCAUGCGGCGUUUGUCAGCUGGGGUACACUGCUGAGACAAUCACUCUGCUUGGAUGCCCAGUCUCGUGUGCUCCAGUUUUCGAGCUUCGCCUUCCUUAUAGCUCACCGGGACAUUCUUCUCACACUCAUGUUCGGAGGGUGUGUCUGUAUGCCGUCUGAGCUGCAGCGGCUCAACCACCUCGAGACAUUCAUUGCCGAGUACCAAGUCAAUUGGGCCAACCUUACCCCGUCUGUGGCAGCCCUCCUCGAUCCAGGCAUGACCCCCGAGCUCAAGACGCUGCUCCUGACUAGUGAGCCCAUGUCGCUCAAAGGUCUUGCAACAUGGGAGGGUAAAGUGAAUCUCUUGUUCGCGUAUGGUCAGGCUGAGAGUGUCAGCCUCUGCUGCGUGAGGAGGAGCCCGACGGUCGCGUCUGACCGAAAGAACGUUGGCCACAGAGUCGGGAGAUCCAUCUGGCUCGUCGACACCGGCGACCAUAACAAGCUGGUGCCUGUGGGAGCUGUUGGUGAGUUAGUUAUUCAAGGUCCCGUGCUGGCUCGCGGAUACCUUGAUGCUGAGAGAACCGCGCUUGCAUUUCUUCACGAUGUAGCCUGGCUGCGAAAACUACAGCCUGGAUACGAUGGGGAGCUCUACAAAACAGGAGACUUGGCACAAUUUGCUGACGAUGGAUCCGUCCGAUACCUUGGCCGAAAAGACAACUCAGUCAAGCUAUACGGACAGCGGCUUGACCUGGACGACGUGCUCCAGCAGGUUCAGCGCUGUCUGAUAGACAUUUCAGACACGGAAGUCUGCGAUGUGAUUAUGGACGUGUGCCGCACGUCAAUAUCUGAGGAUGUCAAGUUGACAGCGUUUCUCGGAAUGAACCCUACGUCACUUGAUACGGGAGGUACUGUUCUCCUCGGCCCCUUGGACCGAGCCACUGUCUACCUGCAGAUAUUUCGGACUCGUUUGGCCAGCGUCGUUCCCCGGUACAUGAUUCCAACCGUCGUCGUCAUAGUGUCCCAUAUACCACUCAAUCUCUCCGGCAAAACUGAUCGCAGAAAGCUGCGCGAAAUUCUCUUCCAGAUGACGGCUUCGGAGGAAGCUGCAUGUCUGGGAUCCGUUGCCAGCCACGAGGCCCCGUGCACACCCCAAGAACUGCAGCUCCGUUCGCUCUGGUCGCAGGUGCUAAACACUGCUGAAUCGAGCAUCGGAAGAUUCGAGGACUUUUUCCGACGGGGAGGCGACUCGCUGGCGGCGAUGAGGCUGGCCUCAGCCGCGCAUGGCCUCGGUCUUAGUCUGACCUUUGGGGACAUUUUUGCGAAUCCAGUACUGUCAAGUCAGGCAAAGCUGAUUGGCUCCACGGAGGGAAACACGCAACAGAGUUACACAUGCUCGGCGUUUGAAUUGAUUACAGAGAGCCAAAAGCAAGCUGUUCUCGCAACAGCAGCUAAGGAGUACGCUUUACCGGCGACUCAGAUUGAGGACAUCUAUCCAACUACACCAAUGCAACAGGGCCUUGUCGCUCUCAACUCCCUACGGCCAGGCUCGUAUGUGUCACGACGUGUCUACAAGCUUAGAGAGGGCGUUAGCUUUCGAAAGCUCGAAGCAGCUUGGAAAGCCACCUUGGACGCGAACCCCGCCUUGAGAACCCGUGUCAUACGAUCUGUUGGUGACGGCCCAACGUAUCAAGUCGUGGUUCGCGACGAGGCGGUUGUUGACAUGGCCUAUGACUUGACCAAAUAUCUGGCGGACGACGAGGCAAAGCCGGUAAAUCUGGCGGCUAUCCUGAAGACCCAAGUGAGCGACACGUAUCAUGGCCACGUUCCAGUCCUUCAAACAUUUAGGGAGUUUGUCAAAUAUGUACUCCAAUCUAAUAAAAAUUCAUCCGAUCAUUGGAGAAUGUUUGGCUUGACGGUUUCUGGCAGGGCAGCGCCCGUGCCGGGGAUUGACAAGAUUGCUGGUCCCACGAUUGCAACAUUUCCCUUGAGGGUUCAGUUGAGGUCCUCUUCAUCAAUUCACGAGGAGCUGGAGACGCUGCAGAAACGUAUCAUAGAGAUGAUACAAUUUGAACAGUUUGGGGUACAGAACAUCAGUCGCCUUGGAGACGACGCGGCCAAGGCGUGCAAGUUCCAAAGCCUCCUCGUCAUUCAACAGCGUCAAUCAUCAGCCGAAAAAUCUGGCAUCUUCGGUGAUACUGGUGCUUUUACGCCCCAGCCAAUGUGGAAUACAUACGCAUUGACGAUUCUGUCAACCCCCGGCGCCGAUAGAUGCGUCCGUUUCGAGGCUGUUUACGAUGCCACGGUGGUGCCCAAGGCCCAAAUGAGACGGAUUCUACAAGUUUUUGGCAAUGUCUUGAAGCAGACAGUACUGUCGCCGGAUAAAUUGGUGGGCGACAUGGACAGUAUCAGCACAGAUGACUUGCAGCAAAUCGAGUGCUGGAACUCUUCAGCGCCUCCAGCCGUUCCGAGGUGCAUCCAUGACAUGAUUCACGACCAUUGCGUAGCGCAGCCAGAAGCUAGCGCGAUUGACGCAUGGGAUGGUCAGUUUACCUACAAGCAGCUCGACGAUCAGUCGUCACUGUUUUCAGCCGUUCUUAGAGAGAAACGACUGGGUCCAGACAUGAUGGUUCCUCUUUGCUUUGAAAAGUCGAAAUGGGUCGCUGUUGCCAUCUUGGCAGUCGCCAAAGCCGGUAGCGCGUUCAUACUGUUGGACCCUUCACACCCAACCGAACGGCUGGCGUGGAUUUGCAAGAAUGCGCAAGCAUCAGUGUUGCUAUGUUCCAAGGAUAUGGCUGCGUUGGCGGCGAAGCUCGGCUGUCAACACGUCGUCCAGGUCGAUGAGAACAGCAGUCGAGAAAACCAAGCCUCGCUAACUACUCAAGUGCAUCAUCCCAUCCAAGCACUCCCUAGUAAUGCCCUAUGUGCGCUGUAUACCUCGGGGUCAACGGGAACGCCGAAAGGCGUCGUUAUCGAGCAUUCAGCCUUCGCCACCCAAGUUACCGCGCUUGGACUGCACUUCCAUCUGGGUCGCCAGUCACGUAUUUUUCAGUUUGCAUCCCAUGCAUUCGACGUCACCGCUGCCGAUUAUGUGUUUGGACUGGCCCUUGGCGGCUGCGUAUGCGUCCCGAAUGAAGCGGACAGCCGGGACAACCUAGCCAAAGCCAUACGAGAUCGUAGAGCAAACUGGACUUUUCUGACACCUUCGGUCGCCCGAACUCUAACACCCUCCGCUGUACCAGAUCUCAACACCUUGGUGAUUGGUGGCGAGUCUGCAAAGGGAAUAGACUUUACGGUUUGGUCAGGCGCCGUGCGGCUCGUCUACGUAUAUGGUCCUGCUGAGGGGACGGUCUACUGCACUGUGCAGCCCAAGACUCAACCGGGUGCCAAUCCGGUGAAUAUCGGAUCGGCAGCUUCUUCCGCAUGCUGGCUGGUAGAGCCUGCCAACCCAGAGAAGCUGGUUGCCAUUGGGGCGGUUGGCGAGUUGGUGAUUGAGGGCCCGAUUGUCGGCCGCGGGUACAUGGGAGAGGAUCUGGGCGGCUCGCCUUUCAUUCCGCCGCCAAAGUGGUUGCGUGCCAUGCCACGAAACGGCGACGGAUCGCUAGAGUUUGUUGGUCGGAAGGACAGGCAGGUCAAACUUCGCGGGCAGAGAAUGGAGCUUGCGGAGAUUGAACAUCAAGUUGCGCGGCAUUUUCCUGCCACAACGGAUGCCAUUGUGGAAAUCAUUGCCCCCGAGAACUCAGACAGUCAGAGGUUACUUGCUGCUUUUAUCUGGGAUGCCAGCAAUGUUGCAGGGAAACGCUCCAGUAACAACCAAGGCACGCUGUCCACGUCUGCCAUGUUCGCCGUCCCAGAUGAAGAGUUUCAAUCUCGGGCAUCGAUCGCGGAAGUGGCGCUACGGAAGAGCCUACCUCCUUUCAUGAUCCCUUCGUUAUUUGUUCCCCUCAAGCAAUUCCCCCUCGGUCCUACCGGCAAAGUAGACCGGCGUCUUAUCAAGGACAAGGCGUGCUCACUUUUGCGACGGGAGCUCAACAUCUACCGUGGCUUCUGUUCAUCUAGAAUGAGGCCCCCUUCCAAUACGUCAGAAAGUAAAAUACACCAGCUGGUUGCAGAUGUGCUUGGUCGGGAUCGCGGCGACAUUGGGAUGAACGACGACUUUUUCCAGCUUGGUGGUGACUCGAUUAGUGCCAUGGUUCUGUCGGCACGGGCUAUGGACAUGGAUCUGAAGUUGUCGGCCGCAGAUAUUCUAGGCCAUCCUCGUCUUUGUGAUAUGGCCGACCUGGCUAUUCAGAAGAGCACGGAGAGAUGCUUGCCCACAGAGCAGCUAUCGCUACCAGAGCCGUUCUCGUUGCUUCCCGCAAACUAUCAUCAUAACACCUUGAUGCAAGAAGUUGUGAAAGGCCGCUAG